UCCAAGCUGUUCGCGGAGCUGGAAGAGGGCUGCAGGAAGCACGCCGCCGCCUCGGGGGUCCCGCUCCCGAAGACGUUCUCCGUCACCCAGGCCUUUGAGAGCAUGGCAGCCGAAGGGGAGAUCAACGCGCCCCUCCUGCAGGCCGCGAGGGCGCUCCGGAGGAACGGAUUUAAGACCUGCGUCUUCACAAAUAACUGGAUUGAUGACAGCGCUGGGAGGCUCUUCACGGCCACCUUGAUGAAUGUCUUGCGGAGACACUUCGACCUGGUCAUCGAGUCGUGCCGAGUUGGAAUGCAGAAGCCGGACCCGGAGAUCUACACCUACGCGCUGGAGGCGCUGCAGGCAAAGCCGCAGGAGGUGAUCUUCCUGGAUGACAUUGGUGAGAACUUGAAGCCGGCCCGGCAAAUGGGCAUGGCCACCAUCCUCGUCAGGGACACGGAAACCGUCCUGAAGGAACUGCAGGAUCUCUCUGGAGUCCAGCUUCUGGGCCAAGAAGAGAUGCUGCCGACAGCCUGCGAUCCGAUCAACAUAAGCCAUGGAUAUGUGCCAAUCAGGCCCGGGGUCCAGCUGCACUUCGUGGAGAUGGGGCAAGGCCCCGUCGUGUGCCUGUGUCACGGCUUUCCUGAAUCCUGGCUCUCCUGGAGGUAUCAGAUCCCUGCUUUGGCUGAUGCUGGCUUCCGGGUCGUUGCUUUGGAGAUGAAGGGCUACGGAGACUCCACGGCUCCGCCGGACAUAAAGGAAUAUUCCCAGGAGGAAAUAUGCAAGGAUCUGGCAGUUUUCCUGGACAAACUGGUAUUUCCUCCUGGCUUGCUCUUAGCGAUGACUCCGGCGCCGCGCCGCUCUCCCGCGGACGGCUGCGUGGUCUCCGCAGAGGUCCCCUUCCUCCAGCUCUUCAUCUUUCUCCUCUCCCCGUUUCCUAGAGGACCGCUGAACUGGUACCGGAACAUGCGACCCAACUGGCACUGGGCUCUCUCUGCCAAGGACAGGAAGAUCACGGUGCCAGCGCUGAUGGUCACUGCUGGAAAGGAUCCCGUCCUCCGUCCCAGCAUGAGCAGAGGCAUGGAGGAGUGGGUUCACGGCCAAGGAGGAGUCAAGUUCCAGAACUGGGCCAAGACUUAUGGCUCCUCUCCAGAGCUGUACUUCCAGCCUACGUCAGUGGAGGAGAUCCGAGAGAUCCUGGAUAUGGCCAGGCAGAGGGCCAAGAGGGUGAAGGUGGUGGGGGGUGGCCACUCCCCUUCAGACAUUGCCUGCACCGAUGACUUCAUGAUCCAGAUGGGGAAGAUGAACAGGAUCCUCAAGGUGGAUAAGGAGAAGCAGCAAGUGACGGUGGAAGGUGGGAUUUUCCUCUCGGAUCUGAAUGUCGAGCUGAGCAAGCACGGGCUGGCCCUGGCCAACUUGGGUGCCGUUUCCGAGGUGGCAGCGGCCGGGGUGAUCGGCACGGGGACCCACAACACCGGCAUUGAGCACGGCAUCCUCCCCACCCAGGUCGUGGCGUUGACACUGCUGACGGCUUCGGGGGAGAUCCUGGAGUGCUCGGAGUCGGUCAACGCGGACGUCUUCCAGGCUGCCCGCCUGCACCUGGGCUGCCUGGGCGUCGUGCUCACGGUCACCUUCCAGUGCGUCCCCCAGUUCCACCUGCAUGAGGUGGCCUUCCCAUCCACCCUCACCGAGGUGCUGGAUCAUCUCAACGACCACCUGAAGAGAUCCAAAUACUUCCGCUUCCUGUGGUUCCCGCAUAGCGAGAACGUCAGCGUCAUCUACCAGGACCCCACCAGCAAGCCUCCCUCUUCCUCUGCCAGCUGGUUUUGGGAUUACGCCAUUGGCUACUAUUUGCUGGAGUUUCUGCUCUGGAUCAGCACCUUCGUGCCCAGCUUGGUGUGCUGGAUCAACCGCUUCUUCUUCUGGCUCCUCUUCAGCUCCCGGGUGGAGAACGUUGCCGUCAGCUACAAGAUUUUCAACUAUGAGUGUCGCUUCAAGCAGCAUGUUCAAGACUGGGCCAUCCCCAUUGAGAAGACAAAGGAGGCCCUUCUGGAGCUGAAGGCCGCCCUGGAGAACAACCCGAAGAUGGUGGCUCAUUACCCUGUGGAGGUGCGCUUUGUGCAGGGAGAUGAGAUCUGGCUGAGCCCCUGCUUCCGGCGGGAUAGCUGCUACAUGAACAUCAUCAUGUACCGGCCCUACGGGAAGAACGUCCCCCGGCUCAACUACUGGCUCACCUACGAGGGCAUCAUGAAGAAGCACGGCGGGAGGCCGCAUUGGGCAAAGGCACACACAUGCACCCGGAAGGACUUUGAGACCAUGUACCCGGCCUUCCCCAAGUUCUGCGCCGUCCGGGAGAAGCUGGAUCCCACGGGAAUGUUCCUGAACGCCUACCUGGAAAAGGUGUUUUACUGAUGAUGUGGGCAAGGGGCGAGGCAGGAGGUGGAGGAAAGACUAGCCCCAUUAGCCCUGGUUCUCAGGACACAUCAAAGUUCAUGGUCCUCCAUGGCUCCAAGGUGCUGCAGCCCCAGCUCUGUCCUUGUCCUUUGUUGCAGCCAGCAGCAAGAGCUGGCCCUGUGGAAGGGGCUUGGUCUGAUCUCCAGGCUCUGGCAACUCAGCUGUCCCAGGUUUAAUGCCAACAGGACCUCUGCAGGGCCUGGAAAUAGCUCCUGGAGACCAGGUGCUCAGGUAUGCUGUGUUCUUGUCCCCCCUGAGACCUGCGCAGCCCCACGCACCUCCUGUCCAAGCU